AUGGCAGCCUUUUCCGCCUCGUUUCGUCGCCGGCAAGCGCCAGCAUCCACCACCGCGGCGACGGCCACAGCCAAUGGAGACAUCCGACCCCGGCUCGGCGAGUCCAUCUUGCACUCUCAUUCGCCGUCUCAGCGCCACCCUCGCCGCGACCGCCUGCCAUCUCUUCAGACAUCCACACUGCCUAAACCAAUACCACAGCCGUCCUCGCAGCACUCUUCUUCGUCUACCUCGUCCACCUCCUUCUUCGGCUCCCAGCUCGGUGGCCAGUCCGUCAUCAAUUACUCCUACACCGACUUGCCAUGGAAACUGCUGGCCUACGACGUCUAUCACUUCUUCCGCCUCGCCUGGGCCCUGCCCUACAUUGUCUGGCCCCUCUGGCCGGCCGACUCCGGCCCUCUCGCGGAACUCAGUCCUACCCUCGCCAACAUCUGGUGCAUCUCUGUGCAUGCAGUGCUGGCUGUGCUGCAGCUCGUGUUCUUGGUCGGCCUGGUCCCUGCCGCGUGUCUGCUGCCCGUAUGGGUCGCCACCGGGCUUGUGCUCGCCUGUCUGGGCGUGAACCACGUGCUGUGCACCGUGCUGCUCAACGGCAUCGGCGGUGCCAUCGAAUACCGUUCACGGCCCGAGUGUGCGCCCGCCUUGCCUCAACACGCCCACGAGCAGUGGGUCUUUCUCAAUGGUGUGGCCGUAGGCCAGCACCGGAUGCAGAGCAACCUGGACCGGCUGGCGCUGACGUUCAAGCGGCCGAUCCUCGGCAUUCACAACAAGACAUCCGGCAUCCUGUUUGAUGUCAUUGAGUGCCUUGUCCAGCGCAACUACACAUACGCGACGCGCGACGUCCGCGUCUGCUACGGCAUCUUGAAGGAAACGCUGUACCGCCCCGACAUUACCAAGGCCGUCUUUAUUCUGCACUCCCAAGGCGGCAUCGAGGGCGGCCUCGUGCUGGACUGGCUGCUCCAAGAGCUGCCCCAAGACAUGCUGGCCAAGCUCGAGGUCUACACCUUUGGCAACGCCGCCAACCACUUCAACAACCCGCACCGCACCGUGGAUGCCCAGAACCGGGAGUUGGCCGCCUUUGGGUCGAUGUAUGCCGAACCGGAGACGGCCGAGGCGACCCCGACAUCCGCCACCCCCGCUACCCCCAUCGCCAAGACCACGCACCGCACACCUCUCCUCGUCGCCGAGUCCUCUGCCGUCCGUCCCGCCGCCCUCACCGGCCAGGCCAUCGGCCACAUCGAGCACUACGCCCACACGACCGACUUUGUCGCCCUCUGGGGCGUCCUCCACUUUGUCAGCUCCGUCCCCAAGACGCGGUCCAUGCCCCGCUUCCUCGGCCGCGUCUUCGCCCGCGCCUCCCCCCGCGGCGGCCACCAGUUCUGCCAGCACUACCUGGACGGCAUGUUCCCACUCGCCCGCGACCCCGCCACCAACGCCAUUGUCGGGUGCGCCGAGACGGGCAACGCGUUUAUGGAGAGCGAGGUCGAGGUGGCCCGCGCCGGCGACGAGAGCGCCGUCGUGCACGAGGCCUUUGAGCGGAACUGGCAGGCGGCCACCAACGGCGCGAGCACUGCAGCGGCACCGUCUCUCGUGGCGAUCCACGCCAGCAGUCCCAUCCUGGCACGCCAGGCUUCGCAGCCGCGCCCCAUCAAGGUCAAGGACGUCAGCCGGCUGUGGCAGUACCGCAACGGACGCAGCCCGGACGACGGAAUCACGCGUGGACUAAGUCGAUUUUCGACCCUGUAG